UCUGCGCACACGCACACGCGCACACUUUAUGCACGCGCGCGCAAAAGCUGCCUGGCCACUUGGAAAUUUCCCUGCCAGAGGACGGAUGCUAUUUGGCCGCUAAAGCAGCGGAAGUGUCCGCCAACGUGCGCCCGGUGAUGCAGCAGAGGAGCCGGUGAAGCUGCGAAGAUCAGCACACACACGCAAGGCGGCCCUUUCCCCUUUCAGCAAAAAGGUACAGUUCCAACCCGCUGGCGGCCAAGAUGGUAGUUCUGUCCCUAAAAAUCUGCGUUCGCCACUGCAACGUGGUGAAGACCAUGCAGUUCGAGCCGUCCACGGCUAUCUACGACGCCUGCAGGAUUAUCCGGGAGAGAGUUCCCGAGGCUCAGUCUGGACAGGCUUCAGAUUAUGGUCUGUUUCUAUCUGACGAAGACCCCAGGAAAGGAAUCUGGCUGGAGUCUGGCAGGACACUCGACUACUACAUGCUCCGCAAUGGGGACAUUCUUGAAUACAAGAAGAAGCAGAAGCCACAGAAAAUCAAAAUGUUGGACGGGGCCGUUAAAACCAUCAUGGUGGAUGACUCCAAAACAGUUGGGGAGCUGCUUGUGACCAUAUGCAGUAGAAUAGGCAUCACCAACUACGAGGAGUACUCUUUGAUCCAGGAGUUUAUGGAGGAGAAGAAAGACGACAGCAUGGGCACGCUAAAGAAAGACCGAACGCUGCUGCGUGAUGAGAGGAAGAUGGAGAAGCUAAAAGCCAAACUGCACACAGAUGAUGAUUUGAACUGGCUGGACCACAGCAGGACUUUCAGGGAGCAAGGCGUGGACGAGAACGAGACGCUUCUGCUGCGACGCAAGUUCUUCUACUCGGACCAAAAUGUCGACUCCCGGGACCCAGUCCAGCUCAACCUCCUUUACGUGCAGGCUCGAGACGACAUCCUCAAUGGUUCGCACCCUGUGUCGUUCGACAAGGCUGGCGAGUUCGGUGGCAUUCAGGCCCAGAUCCAGUUCGGACCUUUCAUGGAGCACAAGCACAAGCCAGGAUUCUUAGACCUGAAGGAGUUUUUACCCAAAGAGUACAUAAAGCAAAGAGGAUCGGAGAAGAAAAUAUUCCAGGAGCACAGCAACUGCGGAGAAAUGACGGAGAUCGAAGCUAAAGUGAAAUAUGUCAAACUGGCGAGGUCUCUGAGGACUUACGGAGUGUCUUUCUUCCUGGUCAAGGAAAAGAUGAAGAGCAAGAACAAGCUGGUGCCGCGCCUCCUUGGCAUCACCAAAGAGUCUGUGAUGAGAGUGGACGAGAAGACCAAAGACGUGGUGCAAGAGUGGCCACUCACCACCGUCAAGAGGUGGGCCGCCUCCCCUAAGAGCUUCACACUGGACUUUGGGGAGUACCAGGAGAGCUACUACUCUGUUCAGACCACUGAAGGAGAGCAGAUCUCUCAGCUUAUUGCAGGUUACAUCGACAUCAUCCUCAAAAAGAAACAAAGCAAGGAUCGUUUUGGAAUGGAAGGCGACGAGGAAGCAACCAUGCUGGAGGAAUCUGUGUCGCCUAAAAAGUCCACCAUCCUCCAGCAGCAGUUUAACCGCGUGGGACGGGCGGAGCACGGUUCGGUGGCGCUGCCCGGGGUGAUCCGCUCGGGCUCCAUCGGCACCGAGUCGCUCAGCGUGGGCAGCAUGCCGUCUCCUCAGCAGCAGAUCACAAUGGGUCAGAUGCACCGUGGACACAUGCCACCACUGAGCUCAGCCCAGCAAGCUCUGAUGGGGACCAUCAACACCAGCAUGCAGGCUGUGCAGAAGGCUCAGAUCGACCUGGGGGAGGUGGACAACCUGCCUCCACUAGGACAGGACAUGGCCUCCAAGGUGUGGAUCCAGAACAAGAUGGAUGAAUCCAAACAUGAGAUUCACUCUCAGGUUGACGCCAUCACUGCAGGAACUGCUUCUGUUGUCAAUCUCACAGCCGGCGACCCGACCGACACAGACUACACUGCAGUGGGCUGCGCCAUCACCACCAUCUCGUCCAACCUGACGGAGAUGUCCAAGGGCGUCAAGCUGUUAGCUGCUCUCAUGGAGGACGAGGUGGGCGGCGGUAACGACCUCAUGAAGGCUGCCAGGACGCUAGCAGGAGCUGUGUCUGACCUGCUCAAGGCCGUGGAGCCUGCAUCUGGAGAGCCAAGACAGACGGUGCUGACAGCAGCCGGCAGCAUCGGCCAGGCCAGUGGAGACCUCCUUCGACAGAUUGGAGAGAAUGAAACAGACGAAAGGUUCCAGGAUGUUCUGAUGAACUUGGCCAAAGCGGUGGCCAACGCUGCAGCCAUGUUGGUCCUGAAGGCCAAGAACGUGGCCCAGGUCGCGGAGGACACUGUCCUCCAGAAUCGAGUCAUUGCCGCCGCCACCCAGUGCGCUCUAUCCACCUCCCAGCUGGUAGCGUGUGCCAAGGUGGUGAGUCCCACCAUCAGCUCCCCCGUUUGCCAGGAACAGCUCAUCGAAGCUGGGAAGCUGGUGGAUCGCUCUGUGGAGAGCUGCGUCCAGGCCUGCCUCUCUGCUACGGAGGAUGGAGAGCUCCUCAAGCAGGUGAGCGCGGCAGCCAGCGUGGUGAGUCAGGCCCUGGAAGAUCUCCUGCAACAUGUCCGCCAGUACACUUCUAGGGGAGAGCCCAUCGGCCGCUACGACCAGGCCACUGACACCAUCAUGACGGUCACUGAGAGUAUCUUCUGCUCCAUGGGGGACGCCGGAGAGAUGGUCCGCCAGGCCCGUGUGCUGGCCCAGGCCACAUCAGACCUGGUGAACGCCAUGAGGUCUGAUGCAGAAGCUGAAAUCGACGUGGACAACUCCAAGAAGUUGCUGGCGGCUGCGAAACUGUUGGCUGACGCCACUGCCAGGAUGGUGGAGGCAGCGAAGGGUGCAGCAGCCUAUCCCGAGAAUGAGGACCAGCAACAGCGACUGAGGGAGGCUGCGGAGGGUUUGCGUGUGGCCACCAACGCCGCAGCUCAGAACGCCAUCAAGAAGAAACUGAUCAACCGACUGGAGAAUGCUGCCAAACAAGGUGCAGCGGCAGCCACCCAAACCAUUGCUGCUGCUCAGAAUGCUGCCGCCUCCAACAAGAACACCGCCGCCCACCAGCAGUUGGUGCAAAGCUGCAAGGCAGUGGCUGACCACAUCCCUCAGCUGGUCCAGGGCGUGCGGAGCAGUCAGGCCAAACCAGAUGACCUGAGUGCACAACUUGCCCUCAUUAUUGCCAGUCAGAACUUCCUACAGCCUGGUAGUAAGAUGGUGACUUCGACCAAGUCAUCUGUUCCCACGGUGACGGAUCAGGCUGCCGCAAUGCAACUGGGUCAGUGUGCCAAGAACCUGGCCACCUGUCUGGCUGAGCUGAGGAUGGCUGCACAGAAGGCUCAUGAAGCUUGCGGCCCCAUGGAAAUCGACUCUGCCCUCACAGCCAUCCAGACGCUGAAAAAUGAGCUGCAAGACGCCAGGCUGGCUGCCGGUAACUCGCAGCUGAAGCCUCUCCCGGGAGAAUCGUUGGAGAAGUGUGCUCAGGAACUGGGCAGCACAUCCAAGUCAGUCGGCUCCUCGAUGGCUCAGCUGCUCACCUGCGCUGCACAAGGCAAUGAACACUACACAGGCAUAGCAGCCAGGGAGACGGCCCAGGCCUUAAAGACGUUGGCCCAGGCGGCCCGCGGAGUUGCUGCAUCCACAGCUGACCCCAAAGGUGCCGCCGCCAUGCUGGACUCGGCCCGCGAUGUUAUGGAAGGCUCUGCGCUUCUCAUUCAGGAGGCCAAGCAGGCGUUGAUCUCACCCGGAGAUGCCGAGAGUCAGCAGAGAUUGGCGCAGGUGGCUAAGGCCGUGUCUCAUUCCUUGAACAACUGCGUCAACUGCCUGCCCGGCCAGAAGGACGUGGACAUGGCUCUCAAGAGCAUCGGCGAGGCCAGCAAGAAGCUCCUGAUUGACAGCAUCCCACCCGCCUCCAAGACGUUUCAGGAGGCGCAGAGCGAGCUCAAUCAAACGGCGGCCGACUUGAACCAAUCUGCCGGUGAGGUGGUCCACGCCUCUCGAAGUUCCAGCAGCCAGCUGGCUGUGGCAUCUGGGAAAUUCAGCGAAGAUUUUGACGAGUUCCUGGACGCUGGUAUCGAGAUGGCUGGGCACACUCAGAAGAAGGACGACCAGGUGCAGGUGAUCAGCAACCUGAAGAACAUCUCAAUGGCCUCCAGCAAGCUGCUGCUGGCGGCUAAAAGUCUGUCGGUGGAUCCGGCAGCCGCUAACGCAAAGAACCUGCUCGCAGCUGCAGCAAGAUCUGUGACCGACAGUAUUAACCAGCUGAUCACGCUGUGCACUCAGCAGGCGCCUGGCCAGAAGGAGUGUGAUAACGCCCUCCGGGAGCUCGAGGCGGUCCGAGGAAUGCUGGACAACCCCAAUGAACCCGUCAAUGACCUUUCCUACUUCGACUGCAUCGAGAGUGUCAUGGAAAAUUCCAAGGUCUUGGGAGAGUCCAUGGCGGGGAUUUCCCAGAACUGCAAGACGGGAGACGUUACUUCAUUUGGAGACUGUGUAGGAUCGGCGUCCAAGGCGCUUUGUGGGCUCACAGAGGCUGCAGGACAGGCCUCUUACCUGGUGGGUGUGUCGGAUCCCAACAGUCAGGCAGGUCACCAGGGUUUGGUGGACCCCAUUCAGUUUGCUAAAGCCAACCAAGCUAUCCAAAUGGCGUGUCAGAAUCUGGUUGACCCACAGAGUAGCCCCUCUCAGGUCCUUUCAGCUGCUACCAUCGUUGCAAAGCACACGUCGUCGCUGUGCAACGCCUGCCGCCUGGCUUCCUCGAAAACCACCAACCCUGUUGCCAAGCGACACUUUGUCCAGUCUGCUAAGGAGGUGGCCAACAGCACCGCCAACCUGGUCAAAACCAUUAAGGCUCUGGAUGGAGACUUCUCGAAUGAAAACAGGAACAGGUGUCGAGUGGCCACAGCUCCACUCAUCGAAGCGGUGGAAAACCUGACAACAUUCGCAUCCAACCCCGAGUUUGCCAGCCUCCCCGCUCAAAUCAGCCACGAGGGCUCGGCAGCUCAGGAGCCGAUCCUCCAGUCUGCUUACUCCAUGCUCGACAGCUCCACCUACCUGCUCAAGACCGCACGCUCACUGGUUAUCAACCCUAAAGACCCGCCCACCUGGUCUGUGUUGGCUGGUCACUCCCGCACUGUCUCCGACUCCAUCAAGAGUCUCAUCACUGCCAUACGUGACAAGGCCCCAGGCCAGCGGGAGUGCGACUCGUCCAUUGAUAAUGUCAACAAAUGUAUCCGAGACAUUGAGCAGGCCUCUUUGGCUGCGGUCAGCCAGAACUUAGCCAGCAGGGACGACAUCUCACUGGAGGCCCUGCAAGAACAGCUGACAUCCUCCGUGCAGGAAAUUGGCUACUUAGUCGACCCUGUUUCCACCGCUGCCAGGGGCGAAGCUUCACAACUAGGACACAAGGUGACCCAGCUGGCCCGCUACUUUGAGCCGCUAAUCAGGGCCGCGGUGGGCGUGGCGUCCAAGCUGAAGGACCACCAGCAGCAGAUGACCUUCCUGGAUCAGACUAAGACCUUGGCCGAGUCCGCCCUGCAGAUGCUGUAUGCUGCCAAGGAGGGAGGAGGAAACCCAAAGGCGUCCCACACGCACGACGCCAUCUCCGAGGCAUCCCAGCUCAUGAAGGAGGCGGUGGAUGACAUCAUGGUGACGCUGAACGAGGCCGCCAGUGAAGUAGGCAUGGUGGGAGGGAUGGUGGACGCUAUUGCCGAGGCCAUGGCCAAGCUGGAUGAGGGAACGCCACCUGAACCGGAGGGCUCCUUUGUGGACUACCAGACCAGUAUGGUGAAACACUCCAAAGCUAUUGCAGUCACCGCCCAGGAAAUGAUGACCAAAUCGGUGACGUGUCCGGACGAGCUGGGGAGUCUGGCCUCUCAGGUGACCGCAGACUUCAGCCAGCUGGCGGUGCAGGGGCGCAUGGCCGCCCACACGGCCGAGCCAGAAGAGAUUGGUUUGCAGAUUAAGACCAGAGUGCAGGAGCUGGGCCACGGAUGCAUCUUCUUGGUCCAGAAGGCCGGAGCGCUGCAGAUUACUCCUUCUGACAGCUUUACCAAACGAGAACUUAUCGACUGCGCCCGUGCCGUCACAGAGAAGGUGUCUCUGGUGCUGUCGGCGCUGCAGGCUGGCAACAAGGGCACACAGGCCUGCAUCACGGCAGCCAGCGCCGUGUCGGGCAUCAUCGCAGAUUUGGACACCACCAUCAUGUUCGCCUCCGCCGGCACUCUUAACGCGGAGGACGACGAGUCCUUCGCUGACCACAGAGAGAACAUUUUAAAGACGGCCAAAGCUUUGGUGGAGGACACGAAGAUGUUGGUGUCUGGUGCCGCUUCCGGUCAGGACAGGUUGGCUCAGGCGGCCCAGUCUUCUGCCAAAACCAUCACCCAUCUCACUGAUGUGGUCAAACUGGGAGCCGCCAGCAUCGGCUCAGACGAUCCAGAGACUCAGGUGGUUCUGAUAAAUGCCGUCAAAGACGUCGCCAAGGCACUGGCGGAGCUCAUCAGCGCCACCAAGUGUGCCGCCGGCAAAGCAGCAGACGACCCGUCCAUGUACCAGCUGAAAAGCGCCGCCAAGGUGAUGGUGACCAACGUGACGUCCCUGCUAAAGACAGUCAAGGCUGUGGAGGAUGAGGCCACACGAGGCACCAGAGCGCUGGAGGCCACCAUUGAGUGCAUCAAACAGGAAAUGGCGUUAUUCCAUUCCAGGGACCCCCCUAUCAAAACAACUACACCUGAAGAAUUCAUCCGCAUAACCAAAGGCAUCACCAUGGCGACGGCUAAAGCCGUGGCUGCUGGGAACUCUGCCCGGCAGGAGGACAUCAUCCACACGGCCAACCUGAGCCGCAAGGCCAUUUCCGACAUGCUCGCCAGCUGCAAGCAAGCGGCUUACCACCCUGAUGUCAACGAGGAGGUGAAGAACAGGGCCCUGAGGUUCGGAUCAGAGUGCACUGUUGGGUACAUUGAUCUGCUGGAACAAGUACUUCUGGUGUUGCAGCGGCCCACACCUGAGCAAAAGCAGCAGCUGGCAGCGUGUUCGAAACGAGUGGCCGGAGCCGUCACCGAACUCAUACAGUCUGCAGAGGCCAUGAAAGGUUCUGAGUGGGUGGACCCAGAGGACCCCACUGUGAUCGCAGAGACGGAGCUGUUAGGGGCGGCGGCGUCCAUCGAGGCGGCCGCGAAGAAGCUGGAGCAGCUCAAACCUCGAGCCAAGCCUAAGCUGGCGGAUGAGACGUUAAACUUCGAGGAGCAGAUCCUGGAGGCGGCCAAGUCCAUCGCUGCCGCCACCAGCGCCUUGGUUAAAUCCGCCUCUGCCGCCCAAAGAGAGCUGGUGGCUCAGGGCAAAGUGGGCUCCAUCCCAGCCAACGCCAUAGACGACGGCCAGUGGUCCCAAGGUCUCAUCUCGGCUGCACGUAUGGUGGCGGCGGCCACAAGCAACCUGUGCGAGGCUGCAAACGCCUCCGUGCAAGGCCACGCCAGCGAGGAAAAACUGAUUUCUUCAGCCAAGCAGGUGGCCGCCUCCACUGCACAGCUGCUGGUGGCCUGCAAGGUGAAGGCUGACCAAGACUCUGAGGCCAUGAGGAGACUGCAGAUUGCUGGCAACGCUGUGAAGAAGGCUUCGGACAACUUGGUGAGAGCGGCUCAAAAGGCGGCGUUCGACAAGGCAGAUGAAGACAACGUGGUGGUCAAGACCAAGUUUGUCGGCGGCAUUGCACAGAUCAUCGCGGCCCAAGAGGAGAUGCUGAGGAAGGAGAGAGAGCUGGAAGAAGCCCGGAAGAAGCUGGCUCAGAUCCGACAGCAGCAGUACAAAUUCCUGCCCAGCGAGCUGCGCGAGGACAACAACUAAAGAAGCCUUUUGCUCUAAAAUCGACGUCUUCAUGUCUCAGCUGCUGCGUGUUACGGACUGAUUGCGAGCGACCGGUCUCACACGGCGAGGACGUCCUAAACGGUGACAACAUGAAGAUGUGUGCUGGCGUGUAACAACCAAGCCACUUCAAGCCCAAUGUGACUCGCUCGGGAGCGAACGUGUGCAAUGUCUCCUGUCUUCUCUCAGCUCGACACCUGCAACAGACCACGCCGCCACACACAAACGGAAGGUCUGACAUGCUUGUCAAUGUCAACCAAGGGUGUCUCCUAGAUCUGCAUGUCUUUGGCCUUGAAUUGAGCCUUUCUGAUAUUUAUUAUUAUUCUGAGGAUAUUUUUAGCCGGCGUGUGAUGGUCAGAGAAGGAAAAAAAAAAGAAAAUCUCACUGCCUCUUUUCUGCCAGCCUUCUCAUUAGGGGUGGAAAGUGAUGCAAUAACAAGGAUGGUGCUGUAGAGGGCAGUGUUGGUGUCCUUUUGAAAUAAUAAACUUAUCAUUUCAGUUGC